AAACGGUGUCGCUCUUCCCUUGCCUGUUGCAGAAGCCAGAAGAAAGAGGUCAAGGUGUGAGUUGGCGUGUUAUCCACUUCUCGGUCGAGCUAAAAAUUGAAGGCAGUAAUGGCAGCUUCAUUAUCGUCAACAAUCCAUCUCCAAGGAAAUGGGACAAAGCUCUCAUCUUUUCCGCCUUAUUUCAAUAUUUCUUCAAACCCAGGCAUCCCUCUCCAUUUCCUCCACAGUCGCAGUAAGCCCGUGUCUCUCAUUUCCUCUCGCAGGCCUCUCACCGUCUUCGCCAUGGCUCCUCCUAAGCCUAAGCCGUCCGGCGGAAAAGCCAAGAAAGUCACUGCGGUGGUAAAGCUGGCUCUGGAGGCAGGGAAGGCGACGCCGGCUCCACCUGUAGGACCCGCACUGGGUGCGAAAGGUGUCAACAUUAUGGCUUUUUGUAAAGAUUAUAAUGCUAGGACUGCAGAUAAAGCCGGAUAUAUCAUUCCUGUUGAAGUCACCAUCUUUGAUGAUAAAAGCUUCACCUUUGUCUUGAAGACACCACCUGCUUCAGUGUUGCUACUAAAGGCAGCUGGAGCUGAAAAAGGUUCCAAGAACCCGCAGAAGGUGAGAGUGGGGAAAGUCACUAUUGAUCAGCUGAGGGCAAUUGCUCAAGAAAAGUUGCCAGACCUGAACUGUUCAAGUAUUGAGUCAGCAAUGAGGAUUAUAGCCGGCACAGCAGCUAAUAUGGGCAUCGAUGUUGAUCCUCCCAUUCUUCGACAAAAGGAGAAAGUAGCUUUGUGAAUCAUGUAGUUUCUGUUUUCCUUAGAUUUUCCUUUGUGUUGCCCAUCACACAUCACAGUUUGCACUCUUCUCCCAUGUUUCUUAGUUUACCUUAUAGGGAGCAGAAUGCAUUAUAGUUAUUCAUUUGAUGGGUGGUGAGCCAUGACCUGAAAAUAGAAGAGUGAAUUGUUGAUGGAAAGUGAGAUGUGGCUGUAUGUGUUUGGACUUGUAAUAGAAGUUCUAGACUUGCAGAGAAUAUACAAACUAUGUAUGGCAGUAGGGAUGGAACAAGACUGGGACUGAGCGGGUGAAAAAUGGGGCACCCGUUCUUUUGGUCCCGUUACUGGUCCAAGCAGCUUCCGAUGGUUCAGUGACAAUAGGCUAUAACCAAUGUAAAAAAGUAUUAACACAACAUUACAUUACCCAGUACCACAAAAGCUCCCAACCGUAAAAGCUCCCAACCCUGGAUUACCCGCCCUUCUCCCACUUACGGUUGGGUCAGAUGUUAAAGCUCCCAACCCUGGAUUACCCGCCCUUCUCCCACUUAUGGUUGGGUUAGAGGGUCAGAUGUUACGCAACUUUACUCCUGUAUUAAAGCACAUUAAAACUCUUUACAAAUGAUUCAUGAUGAAAAUUACGUAAAAAAUUGCAUGGAUGCCAUUUAAAUUAAUGGGUGCUCCAUAUCAAAGUAGUGUAGAC